GGGGGGAGUUUUCUGAACUUUUUGUUUCAGCACACCCAGAAAGACUUUCAGGACAAUGUCCGGAGUUCAGCACUCGCCUGAAAGCCGCUUGUGAGCGUGUUUUCUCAGGUUUAAACCAUCCCGCUCCGGCAGAACCUCGCUGUCCGUCAAGCUUUUCAAUCUCUCCCUGGGUAAAACUGUUGGAAGUGUCGGAGCUCCUCACCCUUUGACCCCGGCAGCGCCUCUAAUCUGCGCGGAGGAAUGAGAGGCAUUCUUCAGCUGCUGCAGCAGGAGGUGGAGGAGCUGCUGGUGGGAGGGGAACUUACGACGUAGUAGCGACCCAGUCAGUCACUGAAGUUUCCAGCGACUCGGCCAUCACGGUCUGGAGCCGUCCUCCCUGAGAUGAGCGCACUCGGCGGAGGGGAUUUACGCGGGGAAACAAGGCGGUGAUCGCGGGGGUUUAGUGGAGCGCGGUCCGGCUCCGGAUCAUCCGAAUAUGGGUCAGACGGCCGUGUCGGCUGUGUCCCAGCCCGCGAGCGUUGAUGGGUUGGAGAAAUCAUCAUCGUUGGCCAGCUGCGACGUGGUGGUGGACAGCGCCGCCAAUACCCAGAAUGCCCCUGCAACGCGGCAGCAGCGAGGCAAGCUGUCGUCACUAGGGAAACUGUUCAAGCCCUGGAAGUGGAGGAAGAAGAAGACCAGUGACAAGUUCCAGGAUCUUUCCAAAGUUCUAGAGAGAAAAAUCUCCACCAGGCAAACGAGGGAGGAGCUGAUCAAGAAAGGAGUUCUCAUCUCUGACCAAGAAGAAGCGAACAACAGUCAAAAUCUCAACGGCCACGCCACCUCCAGCGUGACGUCAGAGGAGGUCAAAGUGGACAUCGAGUCACCAGAAUCGCUGCAGGAGGGAAAGGCCUCCGGGCCCGGCUGCACCGCGGAGAAAACAGAGAGGCGAGAUACUAAACCUCUCACCCGGGCAAACCCGGUGCGACCUCACGACCUCCAAGCUAAAAAAACGCACGGUGCCACCCUGCCUGCCUCUUCCAAACCUGCAGGCGGCACUGCAGCCACAAGCCGUCACAGGGAGGUCGCCUCUGGGACUAAAAAGACAACUAAAACCACAGCCAAGACUGGCUCCACCACUCAGACUAAAGCUAACCUGAGGGGCACUAGCAACAACACUGGUCGUGUGAUUGCUAAAUCCUCCCAUCCAAAGAAGACAGGAGGCACUGCAAAAGCCACCGCCGCCUCCACCUCCACCCCUCGCUCUCGUGCAUCUAAGGACGCGGGUGCUGCAGCACAGGCCGAGGGAAAAGAUGCAAAGAACAAGCAGAAAUCAUGCACUCCUGUACCUCAAAAGGCCACCGUAGAGACUCCUAGUCCGCCUGGGGGGUCAAGGUCCUCGCCCCCUUCCUCAGACACGAAGCCCGUCUCAUCCAAAGCCUCAGGCAGUGAGACGGAGGGAGCUGCCUCUCAGUCUGCUCCCAGUGCAUCUGCUGGGGGCGAGGAGAAUCACAAAGGUCUGGCUCCUGAAUCUGCAGUCCAGCCUCCUCAUGUCAACACUGAUACAGAGGACACUUCCUUCACAGAGGUAGAGACGGAGACCUGCUCUCAGGGGGAGAAACGGGAGAGAACAGGAGGAGAGGAAGAAAAGAAGAAAGGAGAAACCGAUUCUGCUGUGGAGAACAGUCCCAGGUCAGCUGAGGGCCGAGCUGAGAGGCCCCAGGGCCUGAGUGUGAAAACAGACCAGGCCGAAGUGACGGUGAUCCCUGAUAGGCCGAGAGACAGCCAAGCUAGUGACUCCGACUCUGACGGUCCAAUCCUGUACCGGGAUGAGGAGGAAGAAGACGAGGAUGACGAGUACACAAAUAGUUCUCUGGCCAGUAAGAUCCGCCGGCGAGACACGCUGAACAUCAAGCUCAGGAACCGACCCAGCAUGAGAGAGCUGGAGGACAAGAACAUUCUGCCCCGGAGCUCUGAGACAGAGAGACACGAGCUCCGCCAGCAGAUAGGCAGCAAACUAGUCAGACGCCUGAGCCAAAGACCCAGCACAGAGGAGCUGGAGCAGAGAAACAUCCUCAAGCAAAAGAAUGAUGUGGAGGCGCAAGAAGCCAGGCAAGAGAUUAAAAGGAGGCUCUCCAGAAAGUUGAGUGUGAGACCCACAGUGGCCGAGCUCGUCGCCCGAAGGAUCCUUUGCUUUAAUGAGUAUGUGGAGGUAACAGACGCCAAGGAUUACGACCGGCGGGCGGACAAACCCUGGACACGGCUCACUCCUGCUGACAAGGCUGCCAUUCGGAAGGGGCUGAAUGAGUUUAAGAGCCGGGAGAUGGAGGUUCAUGAAGACAGCAAACAGUUCACCAGAUUCCAUCGGCCCUAGAGUCGCUCGCUGUCAGCCGGACGUCAGCACCAUGACCUCUCGGCGGGGGGGGGGCCACAGCUCCCAGCAGCCUCGCGGCCCUGCGGACCCUCAGCGCACAGCUCAGUCCACUUUACUUGCCCCUGAUGUAUUUAUAUCCACAGUGACAGCUACAGGUGUGUCUUAAGGCCCCGGCCAUCCACAGGCUCUGGUGAAACACAUAACACAAAUCUAUAGCUGCAGAACCAUUUAUUUAUUGUAUUUGACCAGAGCCUCCUUUUUUUUUUAUUCACUUCCGGCCUUUCAAGGUUCCCCAGAGGUAAAAAUGGGUGAAACUGCCCUCGUAACAAUGAAUGUGGCUCAAGUGUACUUUCGAGUUUUCGUACAUGCUGUGGUUUGCCUUGUCAUUAACUGCCAAACGGCCAUAUAUGGACAUCCUCCUGGAGCAGGAGGUGCGAGUGAUUGGACGUAGUGUGCUGUUGUCACGGAUCAGAUGGGGCGGUGGGGGAGAGAGGAGGCUGGCUCUGCUCCCAUGUGCCCCUCACAGCUCAGUCUGAAAUACUGCAGUUCAUUUGGUUUUCAGACACAUUCAAAGUGUAACAUUGCCACUAGGGGGCAUUAUAUCAUAAGGGUUGUGGCCUGUGAGGAUGUGCAGCCGUUUGUGUAGAUGAAGAAUAAACUGCGAAUGUUAUAUUUAUAACCGCUGAGGGAGCUGUGGGUUCCUGAGGCUCUCACAGCGUAGUGCAAUGGAAAUCACUCGGUAGUAGAGCCGCUGCUAGUCACCCGGCAGCCGGCCCUCUUCCUGAUGGUCGUGUACCAUCAUUCAUCCUGCGUUGAGUCAUCAAGCUUGUAGGGGAUGUACUUUUCGUGCUUUGACUCCGGUAUCUCAUGUUUAAGGCCUACUCCGAGUGAUUUGGUGCCAAAGAGAAAGACGGGUUUUGGUUGCACAUCGGUCUCCUACUGGGUCGAACUUGUCGUGUGGACUUCAUAUGAAGGUUUUGUGAAUAUCGAGCAGGCAGGGAGGGUUUCCGCGCUGAAUGUAAAAUGUGACAAGGGUUCGUUAAUGAUGAUUUGUAUUUGGCUGAGAACCCAAACCUAUAACUUAAGCUGUCAGAAAUAUUGAAGGACUCAUAAAAGAAGAAGAAAAAGAAAAAACAACAAAUGUUGCUUAGUCAUUCCCGUCAUCUGAAAUUCAACAAACACACUCGUCAUCUUUCGUUCCCGUGCGUGUUUUGGCUAGAAAGGAGAUGUUUGAUGAGUGAUCCACAGACGGAGCUCGCUGACGUCCGAGGACUCGCGUUCAAACAAAAGUCCUCCAGCCUCCGCGCCGCUCGUCAUUCCAACAACUGAAGAGGAGUGAGUUGUUCUCUCGGAGGCUGCAACAUGAAAUGAUGCACGGUGAUGGAAAAAGAUACCAACAGUAUUCAUUCAUGUCAAUAUCUAUGUUCUUGUAUAUUGAUUAUUUUGUACAGAAUGUAUAUGGAGCAUGUGCAUACAUUUAAAUCAACUUUACUACCAAUAUGAUACAAUGCAACGUGGAUGUGAAUGUUUUAAGCUCUGAUUUUAGUCGUCUUAUUUUAGUUUUUAUCGUCUCGUGCAGCUCAAACACAGCUGCUGUUUCUAGUCUGUCUUUAUCAAACUUACUGGUUUCCCAAGCAAACUAUGGAUGAGACAUUCUGCAGGUAAAUAAAUCCCAUUACUUCAUCCUCUGUUCAGCAGGUGCAUUCCAGCUUCUUCAUGCAUAGUGACUCAGUAUUUCCUCAGAUCGUACGUUACCCUGUACAAACUCGAAAAAAGAAACAAACAGUAUACAGACUGUAAAUAAAGACGGAAGACGCGUCUCCACUUCCUCCCACUAUCCAGACAUAAAAAUAUCCCGGAUAUGAGCGCUGACAUUUUGCGUAUUUGGAGCCAGAGUCUGUGCGGGUUAUUGAUUGGAGGUCCCGCCAAUACACACACUCGACCAAUCAUGAGUCAGUCUCAGCUGUCAAUCAUCAUGUUUGUUCAUCAGUGUGGUAAGAACAUGCUAGAGACCGUCUUUGAGAAAAAACAUUAUUUGAGGUGUACUUUGACUUUUUGGUUUGUUCCAUGUCCCAUCCACUUACAAGGAGGAGGCGGGGUUUAUGUCCUGUGCUGCAGCCAGACUUCACUCCACUUCUCUAUUUACAGUCUAUGAUUCGAACUUGAUCAAGUUUCAUCAUUGGUUGAGGUGUCGAAAAUAAUCCAGGUGCGUUAAAGUUAAAUGAGACGAAGCAGAUGUGGUAUCACUUUAUUUUAACCCAGUGCGCUUUAUUUAAUGAGUUAAUGGUUAUGUAGUUGUAAACAGAUAUAAAGUAUUUAUCCGUGUAUUUUUAAACUCCUUAUAUGAAGCAUAGACACAUUUAUGAACAGUUUUCAACAAUUACCUCCAUCUGAUACAAUGUUAUUAACCAUUUAUAGCAUCGUUCAUAAGAGAAAUUAUAACUGUUUCAAAAUAUAUCAAUGAACUUUCUAUUAUUUGUUUACAACUAGAUUAUACUGUGUUACAAACGUUUACUGCUUAUAAAAGUUAAAUUGAGGCAUUAAAAUAAAGUGGUAUCUAAUAAGAAGCUUUAGACAUAUAUUUUGUAUCUAAGUCCAGGCAACAGAUUUGUGCUUUCUCUUUUAAAACAUAUGUGACUUUAUAAUUACAUAGAGGGGAGAGCUUUUCUGGAUUAUUACCGCAUCAAUAAGUUUGUCUUUCUUCGGCAACAGUGAUGCCUUAAACGUGAAAUUAAGUACGGCUACUGCUACUUUGCAAUUACGGAGACUUCCACCCUUUGAUGCAAAUGUUUACACGUGUGAACGCCUGCUGCCGUGAAGCGUCCCUCAACACUUCCUUCAAAUCAAAACCCACAUUUCAGACAGGAGCCAUCACCAGAUCUCUGCUGCUGCUGCUGCUGCUGCUGAUCGAAAGUCUUUUAUAAUCUUUUCUCGAUCCUGUAAAACUCACAGUGAGGUAACAUGACUCGCCCCGGGAAUCGAUUUCUCUUCUUCCAACUCCAAAGGCAGAAAGAGGCUGAAAGCAGCAAAGACCCAGGAGUGGAUGUGUCACACGGACUCUAAACACCUUUACUGUAUGUUUGACAGUAAAAAUAUUCAUCUUUGAACUCAUAUGAUGUCGUAUAGCCCAGAACUCCGUACUGUUACGUGCAAACUGUAUAUUGUUUUUGUAUAUAAAGAAUCAUGGAAAAAGCA